CUGGCCCUGCGGCCAUUUUGGUCUUCUCUUCCACCCGCGCCUGCCUGCCUGCCCAGCCCUUCCGGGGUCGCGCGCUCAGGGCCUUUUUAAUGGUCCGUCUCUUCUGGAAAGUCGCUGCUGUCGUCGCGGAAGGGCCGCUCUUUAUGGUGGCGAGGCCUCGAGCGGAUUAGGACACCUCCUUCCCGCCAGGAUGGAUGUCGUCUCAGCCGCCGCGUCCGGAGCCGCUUCCCUCUGUGGCUCUUCUGCUGGCCCGGGGAUCGGCCAGGAGCACCGACUCCGCCGCGAGGCAGGGCCGAGACUGUUUAGGCCUCCCGGAAUCCGUCGGCCCUUCAGCCGCUGAGCUCCGCGUACCUACCUGAGACACUGCCAGGAGCCGGGCGAUGGCGCCGGGAGUAGACGGAUCGCCGUCUGGCCCUCGGGCGGCCUCCGGCUUCCGGCUGCCCUUCUUCUUCCCUCGGCGUUCGCAGCUAGACACUUCCAAGUUCCUCACACCUGCAGCCCCGGCUCACUCCGGGGACCCCAAACUGGCUGCUUCCCCUCCACCCGAGCCUCAGAGCAGCAUCUGGAUGAAGCUGCUUUCCCAGCUCUUUUCUCCGCUCCCCAGCUUGCUUCAGAAGCUGCUGAUUUGGAGCCAGGUUUUCGGUGGGAUGAUUCCGACCAGAUGGUUAGAUUUUGCGGGAGGCUACAGCGCCCUGAGAGCCCUGAGGGCUCGGGAGGAACCGGUCGCCCCCAAGACGCAGAAAUCUUUGAGUUCGCUGCGGCUCGACUAUGACGAGUCUGCUGCCAGCCCCCUUGAUUGGCUGGAGGAGGGGGUCCACUGGCAGUGCGCGUCCCCAGAUCUAGAACUGGAACUUAAAGCCAAGGGAAGAACUUUGGACCCCGCAGCACACGCGUUUCUCUUAGGGCAGCAGCUGUGGGGAGUGGAGCUGUUGCCAGGUAGCCUUCAAGUCCGUCUGCUCUCGGACGGGGAUCUUGGCCCUACGCCCUCCGAGCCUCUAAACAUUCAGCGCAUAAGCAAUUUCAGCGUCGUCUCCUAUUUGCUGAACCCCUCUUAUCUGGACUGCCUUCCCCCGGUAGAGCUCAGCUAUCAGAACAGCGUUGGAAGUGGCGAGCUAGUUGAUUUCCAGACUCUAACCCCCGAGAGCAGCUGUCUGACCGAAGACCAUUCUCCUCCCCAGCCGCUGAAUGCAGAUCCGGGCGCCUCGUGGCAGGGAUGUCCAGCCCCUGCUAGUGAAGGCCUGCCAGAAGUCCACCAUCUUCGCACGAAACGGUUGGAAUUCCUACAGCAGGCUAGCAAAGGGCAAGCGUUACCCACCCCUGACCAAGAUAAUGGCUACCACAGCUUGGAGGAGGAAUACAACCUUCUUCGGAUGGAUCUGAAACCCUGCACAGACCGUCCGACACUGUGUGUUUCCCCAGCUGGAGCCGUUUCCGGAACCACCCAGGAACCCACUGAGGAAAAAAUAGAGUUGUUGACUCAAGAGGUUCCACUUGCUCUGGAAAAACGGGGCCCUUCGGAAAGCUGGUCAUCUUAUCAGGAUCUUGUAAAAGAGCCUGGAGAGGAUCAAAUAAGUGUAGCUGACUCCUCAGAUGUAGACGACGACCUUCCCAUUUCUGCCAGACCAGCAUGUAGCAACAAACUGAUAGAUUACAUUUUGGGAGGCGCAUCCAGUGACUUGGACACCAGUUCUGAUUCAGAAGGUGGGGAUUGGGAUGAGGAAGCUGAGGAUGAUGGUUUUGACAGUGACAGCUCACUCUCAGAAUCAGACCUGGAACAAGACUCGGACGGGCUUCACCUUUGGAACUCUUUCUGUAGUGUAGACCCUUACAAUCCCCAAAAUUUUACAGCAACAAUUGAGACUGCUGCCAGAAUUGUUCCUGGGGAUCGUUCUGACUCGGAGUUGUCUGACAAGUCUGAUCUAGAGACUUCUCCCCAGACUGGAAGCCUUCCUGAAUCCCCUGACCAUAAUUCUGGGGAGGAAGAUGACUGGGAAUCUAGUGCAGAUGAAGCAGAGAGCCUCAAACUGUGGAACUCUUUCUGUAAUUCCGAUGACCCCUACAACCUUUUAAAUUUUAAGGCUCCUUUUCAAACAUCAGGGAAAAAUCGGAAAGGCCGUCUUGACUCAGAGAGGCCGUGUGAGUCCCUUGUGGCCAUUUCUGAGUGUCACACCAUACUUUCCUGUAAGGUGCAACCCUUUGGGAGUCAAGAAAGUAAAUGCCUAGACUUGGUCCAGGGUGGGGUUCCUUCUGGAGAAAGACACCUGCAUAUCAAGAGAAAAAAGGUAACCUUCCUUGAAGAAGUUACUGAGUAUUAUAUCAGUGGUGAUGAGGAUCGCAAAGGACCAUGGGAAGAAUAUGCACGGGAUGGAUGCAGGUUCCAGAAACGAAUUCAAGAAACAGAAAAUGCUAUUGGAUAUUGCUUGACAUUUGAGCACAGAGAAAGAAUGUUUAAUAGACUCCAGAAAACGUGCUUCAAAGAACUUAAUGUUUUCAAGCAAUGUUAAGAUGAUUUGACAGCCCCCUAACUCUAGUGUACACUACCUCUUACUUGAGAGGUUUCUUUUAAAAACAAAGAUCGGCAGCUGUCCUUUGACUUUUUUUUUUAGAGGAUAUGCAACUUGAAUCCAGUGACCUAGUUUAAUAUUUUUUUUGCAAGAUAUUCUACUCAGAAUGUCCUGGUUUGAGGCCAAGCCCUGAUAAUGAAGGAUGAGAUAAUGUGAUUUCUAAUCCUCCCUUUUUUAAUUUAGUUGGAUGUGUUUUUGAAUGCCACUUGCUUGUGAAAAGGGGACUUUUUAAGGUGUAAUUUGGCAUUUUCAAAACUUUUUUGGGGGGGAACCAAUAUUUAUAGGGUUCAGAGCCCAUUUUCCAUUCUAACUGAAGUUAUGUGUACAUGUCUUAAAACUUUGGGCUCUUACCCCUAAGCCUCCCAACAUACUGCAGUUAAUAGUUUUUUUGUUUUCUGUGUAUAUUUUUGUUUCAGUGAUGUGGCUCUUCUACAUUAAGGCUAAAAGAAGAGCCCUUGUAUAUGCUGUCAACUUAAAGUAAAUUAUUCUGUGUCACCUUUUUUUUUUUUUUUUCUAAAAAUGACUUUGGUUGAAAAUAUGUGGUGGGUUUUUAUUUCUAGGUUAAGUCCUACCUAAGUUAUUUCCAAGGGCUGCCAUAAAACCUACACAUGCAGUACUCUUUGCUACUUUGGGAAAGCUGCAUCUUUCUGCCAGAUUUUAACAUCUAAUAUAUUUAACUUCUCUGCAGUUUUUUGAAGAGGGUUCUGUAUGUUAUUGUAGUUCCCCGUUGAAUGGUUCUCUGUAUCUUUCAACAGGUAGUAAAAAUCUCCAGGAAGUAAUAAUUGCAUCAUAGGUGUUCAUUUUUGAAUUUUAAAAGCCUAGAAUUUUUCUAGGAAGGAGAUAGGAGACAUCACAGGAUAGUUUGGUUUUGUAUAUUUCAGCAGAAAACCAGUGUUAUUAAUACCAUUCCUCAGCACUGCCACUUUUAAAACCUGUCAGGGUGACACUGUAAACUUGGAAAUGGGCAGUUGUAGAUUUUCCAGUUUGAAAUGUAAAAUAGAGACUUCAGUCAGUAUCCAAGUUUAUUGUGUUCUGCUAUUUUAAUAAUGAGACAAGUAAUGGCAAGGCCAAUACUUUCAGGAAAGGACUGAACUAUAGACUUAAUAACUAGAAAGUCCUAAUAUCUUUAGCCCAGAGUUCACUUGGGAAUGAGAGACUUUGCAGGGACCGGCUGUGCUUGGUAUGUUUAGUUAGCUCUGCGUGGUGUGCAGCUGUCAGGCUAAGGUGAUGUUCACCAACUCCCUACAGGUCUGUUUUCACUCCAUGUACCUCUUGUCACAGGUAAUGGAAAAACAUGAGUGAAAUAGAUGACUUCUUAGUGGUGAACUUCUUUGGUGUGGGAACGAAUUUUUCAUCAGAAGUGCUCACAGGGUUACUACCUCAGUUUCUAAUCUACCUGGUCAUUAUUUUACUUCUAUUUGGUUUGCUUUAAGAAUGGCCUCCAGUAAUAACAUAUAGUCAUACGUAAACACACUGAGAAUGCAGCAACAUAAAAGUUGGUCAGAUUUGUGCAGAGCCCUUAUUUGUUGUGUUUUGUGCACCUCCACUUUAGGUAAUUUUAGGGAAUGCAUUUACACAAUCUAAUGUAAUACCAUGAAAACAGGCGGUUUUAAGUACCAGAAAUGUCAGUUGGAAAGAAGGCAACAUGUGUCUUGAAAAAAGCUUUUCAGAUAUGUAUAGGCAUUCUUAGAAAACCAGACUGAAGUAUACUACUUUAUUUCAGAGACUUAGGUUGUGUUUUGUGUUCUGAAAUCUAUCACCUCUGCAUAUUUGAAAAUGAUGGGAUAUCUUUAUUUACAUUUAUUGGAUUUUGGAAGAUUGUUCCCUUGGGAUUCCAACCUCACUACCAAAUGAGUUAAAGCUUAAUUAAGAAUUCUCCUGUUUAUUACCUUCCAUUAAAAGGUGUCAGUUGUUGAUGAAAAAAGAAGGGACCAUUUUUAUGCUGGACUGAAGGAGAAAAAACUUGUCAGUUUCAUCCCAAUCCUAAGUUGUUAGAACAAAGUUAAACCCCCCACAAUCUUUAAAUAUUUUUGGAAGUUUUAAUUGAACAUCUUACAUGUCUAAAUCUUGCAAUGGUGCUUUAAGUAUCAAUGUGGCAUGUGAAAGGCUUUAUUACACACAAGUUAAAUUCCUUUUCUGAGUGUUGAAAUGUGAUAACAGCACCUCUUUAACUUGAAAUCAUAACUAUCAGAUUUUAUUUUUUUAUAAUUUAAGGAAGAUGAAUUUAGGGGACUAGUUAACUUCUAAAUUAGCUUGUACAGAUUCAGUGCUUUAAAAGUAACGUUGGGAUUUUACAGCUAAAAUUAUAUUUGUGUAUAUAACUGUUAACCUGUAAAUUGUAAUAAAUAUAUUUCCAAUUAUUAAAUGUUACACGAUA